CCACCUUUUCUGCUUGCUUCGAUGUGCUUAUAGCUCAGUCCCCAUGCCGCAGUUACUGACCUUCUCUCACCAGCCAUGAACGCUCGCAGAGAGGGAAUUGACUUCUCUACUCAGAGUUCCUUCAGCAGCGUGCCUUACAGCAACUAUGAUCCCGCUCUACAGCGCUUGCAAGACCAUCCCAACUUCACAGCCAGCGUACUCGUGACCGUCUCAUCUGUAUAUUUGAUAUUGAACUACCUCGGCUUACUUCCCUUUUCGCUGGCUCGUAUCGUAUGGAAUUUAGUGGUCCGCCUGACCCCGUCGCGCCUGGUCGCCGCACUCGACGCCACACAACCCGACUCGGCAGACUCGUCGUUGUCCUCUUCUUCCUCGUCGAUGAGCUUCGAAGCGAAAAGCGAGGCGAUGCGACGGAUCCUUGGUCUCGACAAUGGAUUUCUCUCUGCCCUCCUACCUCACGCGUCGACCUUCCCGGGCUUCAGCACCUCGCUUCUGAGCGGCAAGGACAAUCUUCCACCGGGUCUGGGCAACUGGGACAACUCAUGCUACCAGAACAGCAUCAUUCAGGGACUGGCCUCCCUGCACUCGCUGGAGGACUUUCUGGACAAGAACCUUGAGGACUUGGGCCAGCGGUCCUCGUUCUCGACCCACCAGGCCCUGAAGGAGAUAAUCGAGCGGCUGAACAGCGCAGAGAGCUACGGCCAGCGGCUGUGGACGCCGCCGGACUUGAAGUCGAUGAGCAGCUGGCAGCAGCAGGAUGCGCAGGAAUACUUCGCGAAGAUGGUGGAUCAGCUGGACCUGGAGGUGCGGCAAGCGACGCGGCGGCAGACGCGCAACCUGGGCCUGAAAAUGGCUGGACCGCAGGAGCAUGUCAUUGGAACCGAUGAGGGUUCCCCCUUGGUGCAGGUGGAGCGCACUAGGGAUCUGCGGUCGGCCACCGAACCCCAGCUCGUGGAGAACCCGCUGGAAGGCCUUCUCGCUCAGAGAGUCGGUUGUAUCCAAUGCGGGUGGACCGAGGGGCUGUCUUUGAUCCCGUUCAACUGCUUGACGGUACCGCUUGGGCCCAAGUUCGAGUACGAUAUCCGGGAGUGUCUUCAUCAGUACAUGCAUCUGGAGCCGAUUGAGGGAGUGGAGUGCGCGAAAUGUACUUUGCUGCGCACCCGCACGCAGCUUUUGAAUCUGUUGGCUCAAGUUGACGGGGAAAGUGAAGCCUCGCAAACGGGACCUGGCUCUCAGACGGUCUCGGAUGCUCUCCGGAAGUCGGCCCAGGAACGUCUGGGGGCUGUCGACGAGGCACUGGAGGAGGAGGACUUCGCGGAGAAGACAUUAUCGGAGAAAUGCCACAUCCCGUCGAAGAACAGGGUGUCAAGUACGAAGUCCCGGCAGGCGGUGAUUGCCCGACCCCCGAAGUGUCUGGUUGUCCACAUCAACCGCAGCAUGUUUGACGAAAUGACUGGGAUGCUCCGAAAGAACUAUGCUGCCGUCAAAUUUCCUACGACCAUGGAUCUGAGCGAAUGGUGCUUGGGGGGCGUGUCUCAGGAUCCAGCUCACAGAGACAUAGAGCAAUGGGGAACUGACCCCAGAGUCUCGAUGCUGUCACGAGGCCGCGGAGACGAUUCCUCCAGCCGGUUCUAUGAAUUGCGAGCCGUGGUCACGCAUUAUGGUCGCCACGAAAACGGUCAUUACAUUUGCUACCGAAAGUACCCGACAGAGGUUUUCCCGGCCCACGUACCCGAAGCCGUCCUGGAGGCGGACGGCGACAAGGAAAAAUCGGAGCGGUGGUACCGACUCAGCGACGAGGACGUGCAGAUGGUCAGCGAAGCCAGCGUGCUGUCCCAAGGCGGUGCGUUCAUGCUCUUCUACGAAGCAGUGGAGCCGAGCUCCUCUUGGAAGGCAGACUCGGACGAGCUAGCCUCACAAGCAGGCGACAUCUCGCACUCGUCGAUCUCCAGCAGGCGCCCGUCUGACAGCGUGUCGGCUACAUCAGCGACGGGGGACUCGGUUUCGGAUGUAUCGCAAGCACCCAGCGUGGCUGCCUCGCUACCGGUAGAUUUGCACAACGAGAAACCCCCGCUGGGCUUGAAGGUGGAUUUAUGAAACCUUUCUGUCACACACCCUAGAUUCUGUAUAUCAGCGUUAUAUGAUACCCCAACCAAUGUGCGCAACCCGUUUGAAGACGGCUGGUCUCUCUGUCGCCUUUGGAGACAUGUCUUCUCGCUUUUGUUUCUUAUUGGACAGUGCUCUACCUGCAGUGUACAACAAUGCCUGUAUUUUAGGGAGAGGCCUGAGAUGCCGUUGGCGAUGAGUGGGCGCAUUACUUCGCAUUCCUUGGAACGCGGAUAUUUAGCACGUUAAGUAAUUGGCAUUUCUAUGGGAUGUUGUCGGUGAUACUCGAUGAUCCUGUACAAUGUCCACUGACACCAUUGCAACCCAAUGCCUGUUUCCUGUACUGUACUGCAUAUAUCCAGAUUACCCCAACAACGCCAG